AUGUAUUAUCCUUCUGCCAUUUCUUCCUCCCCAGUCCAAUGCGCAUUUUCUAAAAUAGAAUGGACCAUUCCGCUAUCGCUGUCCAAACCCGAAAUCGACCUUUUGCAAUCUGCCGACGAAAAUCCAUUGGAGUACACGAUUGCUGAAUACAGGGAAGUUUUUCAGUAUGCUAGGCUCUUGCUAAAGUUGCUGGAUCAAGUCAUGGGGCCGACACAACCUGCUAUAUUAUCCAAAGUCGGUUUGGAUGCAAUUCCUUUUGAUGAAGAAAGGGCAUUGGAAUACCUCGAACAUGACAAAACAGGGGUUGUCACCCACUUUGUCAUGACCAAGCUAUUCGAUUUGAUUCACAUACUCUCUCAAGAUCCCACAGACAAAGUCAAGCUAACAACAAUAUUCUUUGCGAACCAACAAUUGAUGGACGACUGGAGGCCAUUGCUCCAAAUACUCUAUCGACAGGGAGACGCUUUUGCCCAACGGAAUGCUGCCUUAUGUAUAUCCUAUUUGUUGCGAGCUGGAUCGGAAGAGAAUUGGAAGAUGGAAAACGAUUGGCAGGCUUUGAUCAGUUGGUUGACAUCUCGAUUGCAGUCGUCGCAUUAUAACAUAGACUCGCUCAGUGUGGUGACAUCCACACUCUGUGUCUUGGGAGGCUGUCCCUUGGCCCGUGACCUUUUGGAUCAACAGGGAGGAAUUGGAUACAUGAGCCGGCAUUUGCGCUUAUUUUGUCUGCCCAAGGAACAACAAAAUCAACGAAAAUACAAUAUACCGAACAUUCAGCAAGUCUAUGAAAUGUGCUUCUGUGUUUGGACCAUGUCGUUUGAUUUGUUGAAUCAAAAUCAAAACGAUAAAGACGAAUCAUCAUCAACCUCAUCGUCCAUUCAACAAAGCUUUGUCAGGGGUGGCAUCAUUUCAGCUUUGUGUCAACUCUUGGCACUGGCGCCUCGCGAGAAGGUUAUUCGAUUGUGUUUGGCUACCCUCCGAAAUUUGAUCUUGGUGGAUGAAUCAUUCUACCGAGAAACCUACUUGAACGAAAUGGUGGCCUGCCACGCCCAGCAGUGUUUCGAGCAAUUGCAAGGUCGGACCAAUUGGAACGAUUCCGAAUGUUUGGAGGAUCUGAUGACAUUGAAGAAAGCCCUCGAUCAGCACACGCUGACUUUGACACGAUGGAAAGUCUAUCAGGCCGAGUUGGAAUCCGGACAAUUAUCGUGGGGCAUUCUACACACCGAAGACUUUUUCCGUGAACACAUCCGACACAUGGAGGGCCCGAAGCAGGAUUUUGAACCAGUCAAGAAGUUGCUUUCGUUAUUAAUGCAGAACAUGCAUACUGACGAUGACGAAUCGUUGGCAAUUUGCCUAUUUGACGUCGGGGAAUUCAUUUGGCAGUACCCAAAUGGGAGAGCCAUUGCCAAACGCUUGGGGAUUCGGGAAAUUGUGCUUCAGCUGCUGGACCAUCCAUCUACGGGAGUGCAAACGCAUGCUUUGCAGUGCAUGUCGAAGCUGCUAAUUCAGCACAAUUGGAGGUCAACGACGAACAGUAGCUGA